UUCCCCUGCCCCCGCCCCUGUACAAAAGAAACAAAAAAAUACCACAGAAUUGGUAUGAAUGGUUCUAUACCAGGAAUCCUUCAGACAAUGUGAAAUCUAGAAGCUUCUAGUUCUUCUAGAUUAAACUCCACAGAUUGGACUUCGAGAUUUUUCAGAUCCUCUUUCCACGCACCUGGAAAUCUUGUAACCGCUCUAUAUUUUGUGUGUGUAUAUAUGUUCAAUCCCCAGACGAUACAAGAUCAGCUGUUAUUGAAUUAAGUUUAUGUACAAAAGCAAAGCAUGGCACUUUCAUCUGUUCCCCAUGAAACUCGUAGAAUGUUUGAUACCUUGGACGAAAAUGGCGACGGGAAGCUCAGUCUGCAUGAAAUCACUUGCUUCCUCAAUAAGCUUGGAAUACAUCUAACAGAGGAAGAAUUAAAGUGUCUGGUGAUGGCUGCUUCUCACAGCGAAGACAGUAGCUUAACAUUUGAUGAAUUUGUUGAGCUUUACCAAUCUGUUCUGGAUGAGAGCAGUUCUAGUACCAGUACCAGUAGUAAUGAAGGAAGCCAGGAUUUAUGUUUAAUGGAGGCAUUCAAAGUUUACAAUUUGGAUGAAGAUGGGUAUAUUUCUUCUUCCGAGAUUCAACGAGUGCUGAGUAAUUUGGGAUUGAUAGAGCAGGGUAGGAAUUAUUUGUAGGAUUGUGAGAGAAUGAUAUGUAGAUUUGAUGAGAACUUGGACGGCCUCAUAGAUUUCUCUGAGUUUAAGAACAUGAUGAUGAGUCGAUGACCAAUCCUGAAUGUGUUCACUUUUGACCUGGUUUGGUAGCCUGAUGACGACUAAAUCGGGGAUUCACAGAUUUUGAGUAUAUAUUGUUGUAUAAGGGCAUGUUACACGAAUAAAGCUUUAAACAGCCUGAUUUAUUUA